AGAAGAAGGGCGAGAGGCUCGGGACAGACCAUGGCUACAGCUGACAGUGGCGUCAAGCCCCUACAAAAUGCCAUGAAAAUGGCGAAAGUAGCCAUACAGCUGGACGGACAGAACAAACACGAGGUAGACGCCUACUGUGAAUACCUGCGGACCAUUGAGUAUAUAUCACAUGCACUUUUGGAGGAAGCUGGGCCUCAAAAGGAGAGUGAGAUGGUGGCAGUCGAAGUGGAGCGCAUGUUGAGGCUGGCUGAGCAAUGUCUGGAGCGAGCCAAGUCAUUUAUUGGAAAGAGCUCUGGCCCUCCUGACCUCCCCACCUCUGCUCCGUCUCCUGGUUCUCCUGACCCAUCGGAGCCUCGCCCAGCAGCUCCAACAGCUAACACUGGUGAUACUAGUAAUGAUGAACAGCACAAAGUGACCAGCCCGACUAAAAAGGGCCACCGGAGGGUGUUGUCGGACGGUUGUGGGGAGCUCUCCCCAUUUUUGCCUCCUGAAGUCUUCCACAGACUGCAAACCGUGUCGUCACAGGACACAUCUAAAAAGGAGCUAACACCGAUCGAAGAAGCAUCACGCUUGAACCAGAAGCUGAAAGCGAAUUAUGAAGCCCGACUGGCGAGACUCGCGCCUGGUCAGGCCUACCAGAAGACAUCUUUAACCCUGUCCCUCCAGCGGCAGAUGAUGGAGAACCUCAUCAUAGCCAAAGCCAGGCAGGAUGCUCUCCAAAGGAAGAUGGAGGAGAGAAGACUGAGGCUGCAGGAAGAAGCAAACAGGAGGUUUGCAGCAUCAGGGGCAAUGACUUCAGAGGAACAGGAGCAGCGUCUUCUUUACACCAAUGUGUUGGAAUACGAGCAAGACCAUCACAUUAGAAUUAAGUUAGAUUUGCACUGUGUCCUCAGCCGGUCCGACCACCCAGUGGUUAAACUGCUGAGGAAGCACCAGUACCGGAUUUACAACAGGCUCUACCCCAUCGUGAGUAAAGGCCUGCCUCGGACUCCCGCCAUGCCCCUGAGACCAUCUCACAGCAUUCACAACCUCCUUCAUCCAGAGAGUUACAGGAAGCCAAUCAGGACUGCUGGUAGCAGUGUGGGUGGCCAGAGCUUCAGCACAGACUCCUCGCUUUCUCCCUCCUGCUCUCACGACCUCCACACCAACUAUUAUGACGAAGACGUGGAUGUGGAGGAGCCCCACACACAGGUGACGGUGGACCGGGAAAACUCGUUUGAAGAUUUGGAACAGUUCCUGACCCAGCUGGACUGGGCCCCGGGCCUCAGCUGCACAGAGGACACCGUGUCAGAGUCUGAGCUGGCGUGUGACCCUUCGACCCGGCUGGAGCAUGAUGAGGGCCACAUCCAGGAGCUGGAGACGAGGGCGCUGAAAGAACACCUGAAGGCUGUUGUCAAAGACAUCCAUAUUGCCAUUGAUCAGCUUCUCUCACUAUGUCUGCUGUCCUUUGAGUGUCUGAACACUGCCAGCUUUAAGGACCUCUGUCUGGCCAGCAUAGAGGAAGCUUUCUUCAUCCCCCUGUGGAGCGCCCUGGUGGCUCUGUUCAGGAGGGUCCACAGAGAGAGGGAGCAGUCGUUUGAGAAAAGCAUCACAAUGUACUCUGAUGCUUCUGCGGGAGAUGUCGGUGUUCCCCCCAAACUGUGUCCCCCAAACCUUGAUGCACUACAAGGUUCCUACCCCUAUGAGUCUGCGGUCCAGGAGCUCAAGCUACUCGUUCAGUUUUGCUGUCCACAGCGGAAGCUGGAGUGUAUAGUGAGGACUCUACGGCUGAUCUGUGCUUGUGCUGAGGACUACAGGUCCCUUCAUGACAUGGAUUCUUCUCCAAAAACAGCAGCCAUCGGUGCAGAUGACCUGUUGCCCAUCCUUUCCUUUGUGGCUCUGCGGUGUCAGUGUCCCCAGCUGGUGUCUGAAUGUGCUGCUUUGGAGGAGUUCAUUCACGAGGGGUAUUUGAUAGGAGAGGAGGGCUACUGCCUGACCUCCUUGCAGAGUGCCCUGGCCUUCGUUGAGUCGCUGCACACAGGAGGCGCACACACUCCCAUUGAGCUCAACUAAAAAAGACUGCUGUCCGGGCUCCAAACAGCAGGCUCUGCGCCGCAGGGCAGAACCCGCCGACCGGCCGCCUCCUGCAAGUCCACGCAUGUUGUCCUGGACACACAAACGCAUUCCACACCUGACCCAGGAACUUCCCUCUGCUCCGUUUCUGACUAUAAACCAGUGCCUAUAAGUUAACCGGGGCCCGUGCCUGGUGACCGUCCUGCUGCCCGCAGACUGCCGCCACUCCCUCUUUGACGGGUUCAUUCGAUCCCUCCUCUGCUGAACAGAAGACUGAACUUUUACCUCCCCCUCCUUUUUUUUUUUUUCUUCUUUUGUUUGUCAACUAUUUGCAGCACUUUUCAUGUGGGCUGUCUCGCGUGUACAGCAUCAUUCCAGCCUCCUUUUCUGUCGUUCUGUCCUGAAACCUUCUGUUAUCACAAGUCUUCAGACUUCAGAAACCCUUCAGCUGCUUCACAGCUGUAAAUUCAGUUCUCAUUUGGAUAGGCCUGCUGUGCACGUUGGGGUCCAUCCAGAUUCAGUAAGGGAGGUUGCAGAUAGAUGUUCCUACUUAAGAUAUAAAUACGGGUCCUGAUUGGAAGCAUGUAGUUUCCCUCAUUCCUGGGGUGUCCACGUCCACCCCCCCACCCUGUGAAAUGAAGUGUCUGAACGGUGCUUUGCAGAGUUUAAGAAAAAAAAAAAGAUUUGUGGAUAUAACGAAGACUGAAGCCGUCUGAAAAAACCCGGUUGUGUGCAUUUAAACCUGGAGGAAGCGUUCAUCCACAGACCUCCAUCGGGGCCACUGGAGGGGCAAGGCCGAGCGAUGGUGUCAGAAACGGAGCGUCAAGCAGGUCGGGUCGUACUUACUGUGGAGAACUCGCACUUUGUCAGCAGGCGUCACUCUCUGGGGAGCCUGUUGCCGACCAACUUGCAACCCAAAGGGAUUGUGGGUGCAUGAGACUCUUACAUUUUUUUUGAUAGAUAUGCACCAGUUCUUACUUGCAUGAAUCCUUUUUUUUUGUUUAUUUUUCUUUUUUUAUACCUCGAACUCCUACUUGUUUUUUAGGUUCUUAUAUUCAGUUCCAGCUCAUUUCAUUCCUGACAUGUUUUUUUCUUAACCAGCAUGUUUAGAAAUAGACCAGCAGGUAGAUCAUAUGGCGCUUACAACAAACAUUUUAUACUUUUAAACAGACACUGAAAUGGAUGUGCAUCUGAAACCGUCAUGUUUUUUUGUUGUUUUUUCAGCCCUUCACCUGUAACUGAUAUUUUCAUGGAAAAAUUUGAUGAAUUCCACUCACACAAAUGCAGCUGUAACAUCAAAAUGAAUUUCUAAUGUGCGUGAAUCCUCAGGCCGGGGGAAACUUCUUAGUCUUGAAAGAGCAGGUUCACAAAGUGAACUUGAUGUCAGACUGGUUUCAUACAGAUUGAAAGGCUCUGGGUACAUUUAUAAACUGAUGAAAUCAGUUGAAUGUCCAAUGGAUUCAGAUAUCUGGAACCACAGACUGCCUCAGCAACUACAUUUUUGUGAAUUUUCAUUUUUAUUUGUUUAGAUUGAAAUGACUAUUUAAGAUGUAUAUUUUUAAUAUUGUUUGGGUCCAAAAGAUGUAAAAAAGAUUUCUUAAGAGUUUUUUGGAAUUGUUACCAUAUCUGCAUUUAAUUUGAACAUCUCUGUGUAAUUAAUGGAUAAAAACAGCAGGAUCUUGUGAUCACUUGCUUAGUGGUCUGAGCCAGUAUGUUGAUGAAGAGGAUUUAUUGUACAUUUUGCAUUGCUUCUGAAAACUGAAUGUCAUUUUAUUGUGAAAUUGCCAUGUGAAUGCUUGGGAAUUAUAAUUUAUGUUUGAGAGGAGAGUUAAUAAAGAGAAGAAAUGUUUAAAUAAUAUAAAGCGUUGUGCUUUAAUUCAGCAAAA